CACGCACAUGGCAUUACUGCCAUAGCCCACCACCUCCUUAUACACAAUUCGGCCGUGUAUAAAACGCCGAAAAAAAUUCGAUAACGUCAGAGUACCUCCGACAAGUACUAAACAAGCAAGAUGGUAGCUAAAUAUUUGAUCGUCAUGUGUGUGGCCAUCCACUGCUGCUUGGGAGGCGUAGUUCCCGCAGUCCCAGCAGUUGCUGCUGUUCCUGCCGCUUAUUCAGUGCCCUACGCAUCGUCCUACAGUGCUAGCGUCGUCAACCAUGCCAUCGCCGCACCAGUAGCUCAGCCACUGGUUGCUGCCCCAUCAUUUGCUCAGUACGCCGCCUACAGCGCUCUGCCAUAUGCAUACGCUCCUGCACCUUUGAUCGCCGGAUAGGAAUUCUACCGAUAGGAACUCUCAUCUUUGGCCACUACCUUGCUCAAAUAACACGCCACUCCAAAACUGUGCAUGGGAAUCAUAAGAACUUAAAUCAAUAGUUUCGCUCAUAUUUUUUUCAAAAAGUUUCCUGUUUUUCCAAUUUAUGAUUUCCAUAGUUGCAGGUUUUUGUACAUUCGAAUUCUUCUUUCAUUUAAUUAAAUUUGAUGAA